UCUGAUUCUGUGUACACAGUGUGUGUAUGGCAGAAAUCCUAACACACUGCCUUAAAAAGUCUUGUUUAUUUUGUACUAGAUUUGGAACGAACAGCAGUAUUAGGAUAUAUAGAAAAAUGCCACCUCCAGAUAGGUGGGAAAACUAUAGUCCCCUUGGCAAAGUUAUUCCAGGAACAUCAUUCAUAGCAUUCAAAGUUCCACUUAAAGAGGAGCUGUUAAAGAAGAUCGAUGAGAAAGAAAAAUUUUCACCAGCUAUUCUGAUACAAACCUUAGAGAAUCAAGGUCAUAAAUUGGGAGGAAUCAUUGAUUUGACAUACACAUUGAAAUACUAUGAUAAAAAGGAAUUUGUACAGAAUUCAAUAGGCCAUGCUAAGGUUUUUACAAAGGGUCAUGAAGUCCCAAGUCAAGAUGUUUUUCAAAGAUUUGCUGGGGCUGUUAAAUUGUUUGACAAAGAAGGAAGUCUAGUUGGUGUACACUGUACACAUGGAGUGAACAGAACAGGUUACCUUAUAUGCAGGUAUAUGAUAGAGGAGUUGAAUAUGGAACCAGAAAUAGCAAUUCAGUUGUUUAAUGAUGCUAGGGGUCAUAAUUUAGAGAGAGAGAACUACUUGGAAGAUUUAAAACAAAGAAAAAAGGGAGAGUCAACAUGUGAUCCAAACUACAAAUUUGAAGAAGAAAAGAUCCACCCAGAGAAGGAAAGGUGGAGAAAAAAUAGGUCGGACCAUCCCAAUUGGCGCCAGAGUAGAGACAACCAUGGCGAGACAAGCUCUGGUAAUAAUGCUAAUGGUUUUAUUGAAACUGGUCUCAAUGGUUCUCAUGUUCCAUGGGGGUCUGGGCUGAGAGACCCAGCUUUUCAAGCCUACACUCAUCGUCACAUGAAUGAAGGUUAUGACUAUUCUUGUCCUAGAUAUGGUUACAGGAACCAUUAUCGUUACGAUGAUUAUAGAUCAAAUUAUAAUAAUAAUUAUUCUCAUCAUGAAUCUAACUAUGAUAGAAGUAACUAUAGGCCUGACAGAAGGCCUUAUGAUAGAAGGGAAUACCACAGAGAAGACAGUUCUACUUAUAGUAGAGUUCCCCAAAAACGAAGAAGUGGUGAUAUAGACUAUGAUUCAAAAAAGAAAAAACUUGAGGAAGGUUAUGAAAAGCCUAGUGGCUGUAAUGAGUAGAUAAGUAACUUCACAAUUCGAAAUAUUUUUAUUUUUUGGGCAGCAAAUUUUAUGUACAUAAAAAUAAAACAUGCAUACAAAUUGAUUUUGUUGCCUUUUACCAUUGUACAUUUGUUGUUUACUUUCAUGUAUGAUUUUUAAAUUAAUUGUAUUAAUGAAAUAUGCUACAAAUAACCAUGGUUGAUAGAUUCUGCUUGUAGCACAUUUUAAAAACACAAUGUUGUUUUACUUUGCUUACAUUUUAGAUUGUGGAUCAUGUUUACUGUGUUUUAGCACAUAUUUUUAAUCACUUUGUACAGCUUUAUUCUGAUAAAUUAAAAUAAGAUAAUUAUUGGAUUGUCUCUUGAGAUUUGAAGUUAAUAAGCUGAUAAUUCGAGCAUGUUGAUUUUAUGAAUUCUAAAAUCUUUGACUCCACAAUGCAACAAUCUGUGAUGCUAACUUGUUUCAAUGUGUGUGUGAAAAAGUUUUGCAUUAUGUUUUAAUAUGGUAUGUUUUGAUAUUAAUAUUGUUGUACAUUUUUAUUAAAUUAUGAAAGUGCUUUGAAAAUACAACUAUUGAUUAUUUAAUCGCAGUCAUUUUAGUAUGUUAAUCACUCAUAAAUUGUAAAUUCAGAACAGGUGUAUUUGUUUUGUUUUUUUUUAAUUAUAAUUUCUUGUUAAACUGGCUUAAAGCAACUUACUGUAUUUGGGUCAGGUUCUUUUUAAUAGUUUUAAAAUUCUGAACUAAAUAAUAUACAAAAUAAAUAUUUCCAUUUGCAAAAAAUUGAUUUUGGUAAAUCAUGCACUGUCUAUGUUUAAACUGCAUGUUAAUUUUUACUGACUCUUUAGUGUGUGGUACCUUGGCAUCAGUAUCAGGUAAAAAAGCCAUGGAUUUUUUCUUAAAGUAGUCUCUUUCUUGGUGUAGAAAAAAAUUACAACUAGAGUGUGUGGUAGCUUUGAUUUGUUUUAUUUUUAUGUUUUGCCUUUAUAAAAAAAUGAAAUGUUUUGUGUUAAGCUCAUGGUUAAUGAACCAGAAAGUUAAGUUCAAACCCUAUGUGGAUGAGGCUCUAUAGAUGGGGAUAUCAACUCUUCUAGGAGAGAACUCCAAAAUCAAUCUAAUUUUUCCAACACUAGAAUUAAGAGCAAAGAAGAAGAGGAAAUGUUUUGUUAUUUUGCAAUUCACUUAAAAAGAAAAUUGAUAUAGUUUGCAAUCUAUCAAUGUUAGUCUUAAACUCAAUUUUAAUCUCUGAUAGUUUUGUUUGACUCUGUAUGUAGGUUAAUACAUAAGGAUGAUUUUAAUUAGAUAAUUCCUUUUGUCUUGAUACAUAAGCAUGAUUAAAAUGCAUCCCAGCUUCAUUCCUAAUUAAUGUGUUUCUAAUAGAGAAUUUUUAAGGAGCUAUUUACAGAGAUGUAACUUUUCCUAUUACAAAGUAACAAAAAUUUCCCUAUGAAUAUGAAUACAAAUUUUCACCUUAAAGUUUGAUGAGUAGGCCUACAUUUUUUAGAAACUUAAUUAUUUUUUUAAAAUGUUUUCCUUCCUGAAAAAAAAUCUCUGAACCGUUAACAGAAAUAUGGCUAUGUAUACAUUUCUCAGGUCUAGGAAACGGAAAUUUCCAUUUUUUAAAAGGUAUCAGCUAUAUCUCUGCAUUUAAAAAGUAAUCCUUGUUAGAUAGGUUUACAAUCCUUGCCUUGUGAGUUUCCCCAAGUUAAAAAAACCAAUCUUACUGUGUGUGCAUAUUGGUUGGUCUUGGUCAUGAUUCUAUUAUAUAAAAGCUAUUUACUGUGAUAAUGCGUUGUGUUGAGAACUUUAUUUUAUCAGUAAAUUCACUUAAUGCAAUGAAAGUUUACACAGUAAAUUUGUAUUGAAUGAUUUGUUUUAUUUUUAUUUUCAGAUGUAUGGAAAAAUUUUAGAAAAAAAUAGCCUUUUUGAGAAGGAAACAUUUAGAACUGUGUAUAUAGUUAGGAAUAAAUAAUUGGUAGAAAUUUUUAAUAUAAAUGUUGAAGCAAAAGGUGACUUUUUAUGAAUUGUUUUAAUUAGAUAAAACUACAGCCGAGUUAUGCAAGUAAAAAUUAUGUAUGAUAAUUUUAAAUAAAUACAUUUUGCAGUA